AUGGCAAACAAUAUUCCUACUCUUGAUUCCUUCUUUGAUACUGGUGAACAUGAAACGAUAGGAUAUCAACUAGAUAUUGGAAAGAAAAGAAUUACUCUUCCAAAUGGAGUACCUCUGAAAUUUGCGGAUAUCAUCGCACUUGCUGGGGACUAUUAUGGUAUUCCAGAUGCUCCCAUUGUCAAUCAUUGCAAAAUCCAGGAGCAACUGGACAAACUACUAAAAAUGAUCCAUGACGAGAUGCUUUGCAAAACUGCAGGAUGUCAUCACACUGACAAAGAAUGGGACGAGGCCACAGGCGGAAUAUGGGCAGGUGGAAUACCCGUUGUUCCUGGGAGAAUGCUUUCACUUGGAGAAAAAAACUUUGAUCACUUUCAACCCCAUGCUAAGAUGGCCUAUCUUGCUGGACACGAAUACUCUAUUCAGAAAGCAAGAGAAGCAGGAGAUAGCAGUGAAAAAGAAAGAGAAAAGUUGCUUGAUAUGGCGUACUCAAUUGAAGCGUUUGCCCUUCACUUCUUUACCGAUUCAUUUUCAAGUGGACAUAUGAGAACACCGAGAGUGGCUUUACCAAUGAACAUUACACCAAGUUUAACAGGAGAUCUUCUUUGUAAAUACAUGCAUGAUGAAGACAACAAGUUUGGUCUUCGUGUUACCAACUUACGUGGAGAUAAAUGGAUUGCUUAUGGGGAUGGAAUGCUCAUGAACACAAAGGAUGAGAAAAAUUUCAAAAUUGCUGUGGAAGCAGCACAAGCAUCCGUUGACCAAGUAGUCAAAGCGUACAAAAACCCUGACGAGAAAAUAGAUCCAAGUGCAGUCACUGAUCUCUUACCAUUUGUGGACGUGAGUGAGAAAAACAACACACCAUUGUUUCAAGUCAAAGAUGGUAAACUUCAUCGUAGAUCAGAUAUCAAUAAUCUUCAAGAUAAGAAAACUAUCACGAACUGGUGGGGAUCAACUACGGCUGUGAAUCUACAUUGGUCGUAUUUACCUCCUAAUUCUGCCAUAUAACAUUUCUGUGACGCUUUUAAU